AUGAAGAGAGAAAGAGAAGUUGAUAGCAUAACCAUGGCAAAUUGUUUGAUGUUACUUUCUAGAGGAAGUGAACAAUUUGAAGCUACUUAUUCAUCUACCAUCACUUCAAAUGAUCGUGUGUUUGAAUGCAAAACAUGUAAUAGACAAUUUUCUUCAUUUCAAGCACUUGGUGGCCAUAGAGCAAGUCAUAAGAAACCAAGGUUAAUGAUGGGAGAAAAUAUUGAUGGUCAAUUGCUAAAUACACCCCCUAAACCUAAAUCUCAUGAGUGUUCUAUUUGUGGAUUGGAGUUUGCAAUAGGACAAGCUUUAGGUGGUCAUAUGAGGAGACAUAGAGCUUCAAAUAUGAAUAACUCUAAUAAUACUAUGAGUUCUAGUAGUGGUGGUGGGGGUGGGGGUGGGAAUAGUAGUUUUGAUUCUUCACAAAAGAUGAAAGGUAGAAAGAGAGUUUUGCUUUUGGAUUUGGAUUUGAAUUUGACUCCUUUUGAGAAUGAUUUGGAGUUUUUGAAGAUUGGAAAGACAACUGCAAAUUUGAUUGAUUAUUUGCAUUGA